UCACUGCUCUGACAGAGAGCGGACAGAGUCGCCCACAAUAACCGGCUUUUUAGCAGCCUCUGGCUUAUCUCAUCUCGACGGAUCGCCCCCGGUGUAUCAUCUAAAUCACACAGACAUAAGAGGGAGAGAGAUGCGGCCGUGUUUCACUUUGCUUUCCUUCCAAGGACCCGUUUCUCUCUUCUAUCUUUCCCCCGGAUCUUUGUUUCUGGACGGCAGACUGCGGCUGCCUGAUGUUCCGGUGAGUAGCUGCUGAUGGUUGCUGCUGUUACCUUUCUUUCUUCUUCCUCUUGUUAUUCCACACCGAACAUAUACUAAAACAACGUGAAGCUGGUUGAGAGGGAUCUGUUUGUCGUUGGUAUACUUAUUGUUUCUUUCUUUAAAGAAAGGGGGCUUUGUGUUUUAUGCACUUCAACCUCUCUGUUUUUGUUCUGUCAGAUGGGGCGUUACUGUAUGUAGGCACACAAAGGCAGCCGCAUGAAGCCAGUGUGCAGAGAGGAUGCAGCGGUUCCCAUCUUAACCCAAACUGCUUGAACGCCUGUUGGGAAGUAAAUUAAAUUAAAAAGAAGAAAGAGAACAGCAAGGGACGCAUGAAGCAGCUGCACACAGAGUACAACAGGAUGGACCCUUCUCUGUUCCCAUCGACUAUCAUUGGUUCAGUGUAGAAAACAGUUCAAAUGUACUGCCUUAUCAUAAAUGAAAGGAUGUUUCAAGCCAGUGUGAUAUAUGUAAAAAAAAAAAAUGUUGACAAUUGGCUUCACAAUUGCAAAUUAAUACAUUUUACUGCACUGCAUCAAAGAAAUUAUUAUUCUUAUUUGUGACAUGUAUUCUAGUUGCAUAGCUUUAAGAAAUAUGGAAAAUAAUUGCACAGAGCGACCAUCUCCAGUGGUUAUGCAUUAUAUAUAAAGUUAGCCCAGUGCUGCGCCUCCCACCCAGCAACACUGUCAACGCUUCCUCUCUCUCUGUCUCUCUGUUCUCACCCCACACUCUUUCAGCCUCCGACAGUCAGCCCGAUGGAGGUUUUGAAGGCUGUUGAAGACUAGUUAUUGAGAGCACAUCCCGUGUUUCUAGAAAGGUAGAGGGAGAGAGCUAAUACUCAAGCCUGCCCUCAGGCUUUGACAGCAAAGGGAUUUGUUCUAUGGAUUGAUGGAUUGUUAGAGUUCUUACAGCCCAGGGAUCUAAGAGUGCGGGAAAGUGAAUGUGUUUGUUUUCUACCACUAUAUGACCCUUUCAAGGGGUGAAAAUAUAACUAAAAUGUCAGCAGCAGCAGCGGCAAUAGAUGUGUUGAGCAACUCACCUAAUAGCAGCAUCUUUCCACGGUAACCGCCACCUGAUGCUGAAAUCCCUACAUUCAUGAGAAGGCAACAGGAAAAGCAAUUAAAGGGAUUAAACGCAUGCACACUUUACGGGGAUUUGCCCCGCUGUCCAACUGUGGAUCUCACACUGAAUGAACUUGUCUGACUGACUCAUGGAAGAAGAGGAUGAGUCUUAUUGAAUACAACUCAUAUAACACCCACCUCCUUUCUUCUACCUCACCAUCGAAGGCUUUGACUGGUCGAUGAUGAUUACAGAUUUAUAAAAAACACAGCAGAGAGAGAGCGAGAGAGAGUGCAGAGCAGAGCCGGCCGUCUGCCUGCUGCUGUCCCAUGAUGCAUCUACACAUGUAAGAGCAGGAUCAGCCACACAGAGGGCUGUUUCUAUGGAUACCCCAGCCCUGGGUAGUAUUACAGUAAUAAGACUCACUGAUAACCUCACUAUCUCUUGUGCGCAAAGAAAAUACGGUGAGAGAUGAGAAGUGCAUUGCUGCAGCAGACUAAGGCAUCAAAUAACAUCUUUGGAUCAGAGAAAGAUAUCGUCAUCAAGUGUCAAGAGGAAAAAUGUUGAAGGAAAAACCUGUUAUUUUUAAACAUGUUCUGUGGAUGCUUUAUCCUAGUCCUAAACACCCCAAAUGUUGUUGUGUGAUUCCCAGUGGAUUCUCAGCUGGUUCAGUGAAAGGCUGAUUUAUUAACAAUCUACCCACGCCCACGAAGGACAGGAGGAGGAGGUGAAGAUGAUGCACAAAGACACUACCUAGGCUUGAAGGAAAUACCUUCUUUUUUAACCUGCUUGCAAGUACAGCUCGAACUCCUCGGCCCCAAAUCUGGAUAAAAUAAUCCUACUGCAAUAUUUGCGGGUCCCUAAAACUGCCACCACCUCUCACCGGAUAAAUUGUGAAACUGAAUUUGGGUCUUGUCUACAUGAAAACAGACAUCGAUGUGCACCAGCUAUCAAGAGAAAAAUCAGGUCUUAAGUUGGGGUUCUGGACUCAACAGAAAGAUGUAACAUCAUGUGCAUUAGACAAUAACAAAGCACGUUUAAUCUAAAUAUUGUGGAGAUCCAUCAAGCUUGAGGUACCUGGAAUCUAUCUGUCAUCUGUUCACUAACACUUUCAGACUGAGCUAUCAUGGCCAGACAGGACACCCCCCUCUUCCUCCAUGGCUUUGACCUGGGUGGUCACUUUGUUGACCUUCGACCUCUUGGCACGGGUGUUACAGGCCUGGUUCUCUCAGCUGUGGACCAGCGCACCGGACAGCGUGUGGCAAUCAAAAAGCUGGUGAUGCGGGAUGCUGUGACGGUGAAGCACGCUCUGCGCGAGGUCAAAAUCACCCGCCGGUUGCACCAUGAAAAUGUGGUGAGUGUCCAUGAGGUUUUGGCGCCAUUUGGACGACCACUGCCCAGAGACCCGACCCAGCUGAGUGCCCUGUACAUCGUCCAGGAAUGCAUGGAGACGGACCUGGCUCGGCUGCUGGAGCAAGGUCCGCUAACCACAGGUCACGCUACUCUGCUGUUCUACCAGCUGCUGAGGGGACUGAAGUUCAUCCACUCAGCUAACGUCUUGCACAGAGAUCUGAAGCCUGCCAACAUAUUCAUCAACACAGAUCAACUGCUGCUCCAGAUUGGAGACUUUGGGCUGGCCAGAAUAGUCGACCCUCAUUAUUCUCAUAAGGGCUAUCUGUCCGAGGGUCUGGUAACUAAGUGGUAUUGUUCCCCCCGUCUGCUCCUGUCCCCCAACAACUAUACCAAGGCCAUUGACAUGUGGGCCGCUGGCUGCAUACUGGCUGAGAUGCUCACUGGACGCAUGCUGUUUGCAGGAGCUCACGAGCUGGAGCAGAUGCAGCUGAUUCUUGACACAGUGCCAGUGUUGAGAGAAGAGGACAGGCAGGACCUGCUACAGGUGAUGCCUUCAUAUGUCAGUCAUGGAUGGAGAGUCAAGAAACCCUUUUCUGAAGUGCUUCCUGAAGUGGAUGCUCAGGGUGAGCAGAGGGAAUUGAGUGGUGCUGUGGACUUCCUUGAGCGUAUCUUGACCUUUAAUCCCAUGGAUCGGCUGACAGCUGAAGCGUCGCUAUCCCACCCGUUCCUCCAGCAGUACUCCUGUCCAGAGGACGAACCCACCUCAUCGCAUCCCUUCCGUAUCGAGGACGAACUGGAGGACAGCCUCGUCACCGAGCAGAGCCUCAGCAACGGCAACAGUCAGGCCUCCAGCAUCCAUUGGGAGAGGUACGAGAACAGCUUAUCAACAGAUAUAUCCUGGCAGCAGUCAGGCGGGAGGUGUCGCUGCAUGCCCCCUGGCCACACGACUUCUGACCUGGGAGACACCACAGAGGAUGAGGAGGUGCAGAGAGACCCCCGGGCCAGUACCACCUCACUGUUAGAGGAGGCGCAGGUGGACCCACGUAAGUAUUCCCACAGCAGCUCAGCUGAACGCUUCCUGGAAAACUCUCACUCCUCUCUGGAACGGGCCUGUGGUUUGGCGUACGGGGAACUGGACUGUGGCCGCUCCUGUGACUACAAAGUGGGCUCUCCUUCGUAUCUGGAUAAAAUUGCCUGGAGGGAGGGCAAGCCUCAACACUACUCAGAGCCUAAGCUGAUCCUGGAUCUGUCUCAUUGGAAGCGUAACACUAGCAGCCUCCCCGUGCCUGCUGACCCUAUUGGUAGCAGCAGUGUGGAAGACCUGGGAGAAAGGAAGGAGGAGGAAAUAGAAGAGAAGGAAGAGGAGGAGACAGGGGAUUUAUUCCAGGAGAUCUCUCGCUGGGUUGAGAGCACCCAGUCUCGCCUGCACUCACCCAGUCCUAGUCCUUCUUUGGAACCGCGUUCACCCUUUUGCUUCACCUCUUCUCCCCCUCUCCCUCUCUCCCCAACUGACCUCCCAGCUCCAGUCUUCCACUACACGGAAGUUGUCCGGCAACCAUCAGAUGAAUAUGAUGAAGACAGACUGAGCCCACUUCAGCCAGUCAUGUCUUCCUGUAAUUCCCUGCCCUCACUUCUCCCCUCAUCUCCCACCUCUCCGCUUCCUCCUCGGUCACCUCAAACAGUGUCUCCCCCGACCUCGCCACUUUUUCUUUCCCCAGAAUCUCAACCCCUUUCCUCUACUUCCUCCACUACUCAGCCAGUAAAUGAUGAUUCCUUGGAGUCACUUCCUGUCAAGCAAAAAGAGCGGCUGUUCGACCUGGAUGUGUUCAUAUCCCGAGCACUGAAACUGUGCAGGCAGAAUAAGGAGAAAGCAGAAGGGAAGAGAGGAAAGGAGGGAGGAUGGAGGGAAGAAAGCAAACAGACAAAUAUGAAUCGAAAGGUGCCCAGGCUUCCAGAGCACAGGACUCCACCACCACAGACUCCUAACUCUUGAUGUUGAAUUUAAACUUCAGGUCCACCACAGUACAGCUUCAUACUGGGGAGCACUUCCAAAUGCUCAUAGUGCUUUAGGGGUUCUCAUGGUUGAAUAUGAUGCUUGAACAUUAGACUUUAGUGUUAGCAGUCUUUUUGUCACUAUUGCAAUGACACGCGGUGACUAAAAUUGCUCCUAAACCAACAAUCCUGUAGCUUUGUCAAGAGGAGCUCUCAAGCAAUAAGAGGUCAGAAAGCAUUUGGAUUUAACUCAAUUAACCAUGCUUAGUAUUGCAAAUAUCUAACAUUUGUUCUACAUGAGAAUAUUUAGAAAUACCACAAUCAUUAAUUAGAAAAGUAUUAGUGGUUUGCGGUCUUUUGGCAAGUUAAAGAUGGGUCAGACCUUGAAUCGAUAGCUACUUAUUCUGUGACACAAACAUCUGCCUGUCUGACUAUAACAGUUAUAAAGGCUAUUUUAGACUGGAUAACAGUAACAAAUGGUGAGAGAUCACCCAAUCUGUUUUAAGUUUGUGUUAUUUGUGUUUCUAAAGAUCCCUUGCUGUGUGUCAGUCAGUCAGUAAUCCUUUCAAAAUGUCAGACAGUCUUCCAAUGGUGAUGUCCACCGAAUAAUGAUAAUGACACGGAAAAUGCUUUUUCCAAAUUUCUCUGAAUGUAUAAACCGAAAACAAUCAGCAAAAUUAUGCUACCUGGUGAACCAUAAGGAUUUUAUCUGUUGCUAUUUUACCAGUCCCACAGUGAGUUAAUGAGCUCCAUCACUGCUACAUGCUACUUGUAUACAACUGUUGUCAUAUUUAAUUCUAUAGUAUAAUUCCUAAAUGAAUAAUGUUAUUGUGUUUAAGUAUUCUUUGCUGAAUGUUAGGAUACAAUUUCUGUUUCUUUGGAGUGAGUUGUAUUUUGUUUAAAUGUGAAAUGCUCUAUCGUAAUAAUUUAUGAUCUAGUUAAAUUGCAGUUUCAUAUCCUGUCGGCCUGAUGCACCAUUCAAGGUCAUCAUCUGCUUUACACUUAGUGAAGAGAUACUAUCCUCUGUAGUAGACAGUCAGAUAUCUGUCGCUAUUUUGCUAACUUAAUUGUUAGCCACCAAAAGCUAUAAUGCUAACAACAGUAGCCUAUAUUUUGGACAAAGUAGAAGCUUCACAACCUUUAUAGGAAAUUAUUUGUACUCAAAACUCCUCAAUGCUGCCUGGUUACCAUAUUCAUUUUAUAUGGUAAAGAAAAUAACCAAACAUGUAUUUUGAAAUACUUUUCUAUCCAGCGUGGAAGACAGUAGACCCUCAGAAUUGCAUUUUUUCUGACAUGUGAUGUCUUUCCUUCAAGGUAAUGGAAUCAGGUAAAAGACACAGUCAGAGUGAUUGAACAGAUGUCGGCUGUAGGCUUGUGCCUCGUACUUUCUCAGUCAAGUGCGUCUGACAUUCACUUCACUCUUCAAACUAAAAAGCUGAUAGUGAGGAUAUGGAAACGGCAUUAAAAUGAUUAAGAUUGAUUAAUUGCUGCUCUAGUGCCAAAAAGAAAUACAGUUAUAAUCAUGUGUCCCAUAUUCUGUAACCUAGAAGAAAUAGGCUUCCACCAUACCUGGUUUCACUGUUUGACAUGAAGGUGUGCAUGUAUACAAGGGUCCAGCUGUUGGGAAUGCCAGAGGCACAAUACUGAGAUGCAUAUAACACACUGCCAGCACAGCUACAACACCUCAGAAUAAGACAUGUUUUAUCUGUUUAGUGAUCUUUCAGUCCAGCAUCUGAUACCCAUUCCGACUAACUCAGUCAUUUAGCAACAAGUCUUUCAUACCCUCUUACCCUCUAUUAAUUUUAUCCUCUAUCCACAUCAUUCAGUCUACACACAGAACACUAGGACAGCGAGUCUGUCGCAAGAGCUGAGAGCCUAAGUUAAGAAGAUAUUCACUUUCCCACAAUGCAGCAGUACAUGUAUAACUUUCUCUGUCAUUACAAGCUGUUAACUAUUAAUGCUCAUGUGAAGUUGAUCUAACACUGUUGACUCUUUCACCGUAGGCAACAUUCACCGGUUGUGAGCAGAUCAUCACUUAGAUCAUCACAUAGGAUGAGCCAUACGUGAGGAUUGAUAACAGUACAAUAUAGCAAAGGCAGGUAUAUUCAAUAGACAUAAGCACAUUCAAUAUUAGCACAUUCACAAAUACCGUUUUUCCUCAGUGACAACUGAUACUCCACUAUUGUCAAUGCUGAUUGUUAAUAAUAAUGUACCUCUAAGGUACUAUACAUAAGCUGGACUGCUGGACUAACUGAUAAAAGUGUGCAAGUGAAGUGCAAAACCAUCCAUUUUCUGAUCCAGAGCCAUUUAUCUAUUUAUAGAAAUGGAUAGAAGCUGUGCUGCAGUCAAGCUAAUGAAAAGGAGUCUAGUUUUUACCUAAAUGAUCACAUUUAGCAUUAUACAGUUUCCUCUGCAGGUAACCUACGCCAGCAAUAACAUCAUUGACAAACAACAGAAGCACACAUGUGGUUACUGAGCUUAAGUUCAUUUGUUUAAAUGUGUGAAGAAAUCUAGAAAAUGUGCCUCAGUUCACCUCAAUGCUUCCAGCUUGCUGAAUGUAACAUAUCUUCUCCCCUCUGCAUGGCUUUCAAAACUAUUCAAAAAGCUUAAACUUUGUUGUUUUUAUUAUGUGUCACUUUUUUGGAUUCAUAUUUCUGUUGGCUCUUGUGUAUUUUGUACCCGCGAAGCCCCUUGGCUUUUUACUAGAUGCUCAAUAUUGAUUGAUAAUAUCUCUUUUUGCAGUUUCUGCUGAAGAAUU